AUGGACGUUGCAGCUCUCGACGCGGAUUUGCUGUCCGGACGGCGGCAUUGCUCCCGUCUUCUGUCGGCAGGAAGGAGAACCGAUCGCCCAGCACAGCGAUCGAGGUUCGUGUCCCAGAAGCCCAUUCCGAGAUGCGGCACUCCUCUGAGGCCGUCCAGCCUUUUGUCCGCUGCGAGCCCUGCCUCGAGACUCAAGAGCCGCUGCCUGGCGGAAACGGGAAGUCAAUGCCAGCUUUCUGGAGGAGUCGAUCCUGGGGUGAUUGCGCAGCGUGGCCCUGCGCGUGAAGGCGCUGCUUCGGAGAACGCAGCCUCAAAUCCUGACGGCGACCUCCACACACACGCACGAGCGGGUCUGUCGAAUACUUGCGAAAGGGGAGACAUGGAAGCGGCUGCACCGUUGGCGACCGACUUGUUGACGAAUUUUGAAGAUCAACUGCCAGAGUCCGGGGACGGGGAGCAGGAGUCGGAGAGGGUCGCGCCGAACAGCAGUCGUGCCUCCGUGUCUAGUCUACACGGCUUGAAUCGGGGGAUGCGUGCACGGCCGCGUGCGUCCGAAUCACUUUCUCCGCCAUGCCAACGGCACAAGGGCAUAGGAAGCGCGAGUGAAAGUCUUCCUGGCGCGUGCGACAAGGAAGGAAACCGUUUUCAGGCCAAGGUUCGACGUGUAACCAGCCCGCACUCUGACCACCCACAUGGGAAGAUUCUGCGAUUAGUCCCUCUAAGCAGAGACCGGGCACGUGCACAUGGUAUCCAUCCACAGACGCUCGUCGGUUGCCGGCGAGUAGUCGGUUCUUCUAGAAAUGAAGAUACUUCUGUGUUCCGGGGCCGGCCUCCAUUCCCGGAGAGGCGGAGUAUUCCAGCAAGGUUCACUCAGUCACCGAAGACAGGAACCUUGAUCACCAAUAAAAGAGACGAGAACUCUCAAUUGCAUGAGCUCAUGAACAGGGGCAGCGGGGAACUUGGGGAACUUCCGCCUGAUGCCUUCGCAUCCGUGAACAAUGGCAAGCAUGGCAAGGAACACUCGACAUCCGGCUGUUUUCAUCACGUUUUAUCGCGGGAACACAAAGAAGGAAAUUCCUUGAAGGGCACGGCGGUUGCAGGUCCCCGAGCGUCCGUCGAUUCCAUCUCAUCGUAUAUCGAUGCUUCAAGCGACCCCGCUGGGUGGUGA